AUGAGUGCGCCACCUCUGUCCCAGGCUGGACCUAUCUUAGAAGGACACAGUUUCUACGUGAGUUAAGACCAUUAAAGCUGGGAAAAUAAUACUGAUGAAAAAGAAUCCUUCUGACAAGAACGCUAAAGAGGCGAUCUCUCAGGCUUCAUCGGUCACAGGCGAAGCUACUCCGCCUACCUUGAAAGAGUCAGUCAUCUUUGCGAAAAUCGGAUUUUUACAGAAGUUGUAUUAAUUAUGUACAGGUGUACACAGGGUCCUGAGGAAUCCGUACCAGUUGAAAUCCCUAUCGAUCUAGUAAGCUAUGCACCAUACCUUGGCGAAGAUGCUCGAGUCACCCAGCUUCGUAGUAAGUUUUCCCGAUAUCCUACUCUGAAUAUUAUUGACCCUAGAGAACUCGAUCAAAUGUUUGGAGAAAUGGCAGGAGAGACUUCUGGCUAUGGUUAUAUUCCUGCGGGAAUGGUCAAGUUUCUGCCUAGCAUAACACGGGGGUUGAUUCGUAAGUUUUCAGAGUAUCUCGAGCUAGUUCUCUAUCUGAAUAUCUACCUUAGAACUUGUUGGAGAACUACAAGCAAAGGUUGGCCAUUUCGAAAUGAGCCGGCUACAAGAGAAUCAAGACGCCUUCCAAUCCGGUGAUUUUAUGCGUGGUAAGUUUCAUAACUAAUUCCCAUUUUCCCCUCUAGCUAAUCCGAUGUAAAGGAUAUAUAAGCUGGCUUCAAAGAGAGAAUAAGAAGCUUCAAGGUAUAUAAACACCCUCUUCUUGAUUUUUGCAGUUUAAUAACCUGAAAUAGUUAAGAUCGAGGACCUACGAGAAGCACUUAGCCAGGUAGAGCAAAAUUAUACUAGUAUGAAGGCGCAGAAGGAUAGGUUGAAAAUUGUGCUUGAUCAGGCAACUUUAAACACUAGCAACGAAGACACGGGUAGGAAACGUAUGCGUGUGGAAUAA